AUGGAGGAACUCAUCAGACCUGUGACCGUCGCCCGCAAGGUGCAGAGUAGCAUCGAGAAGUUCGAGAACCUUUCCCUGGGAGAUGCUCCGGCUUCGAGGCCGGCGAGCAAUAAAUCAAGGAUAUCCGUACUUGAUGACAAUUCCGUCACCGAAGUGCAAAGCGAACCAUUCACUAUCCGGCCAUCAUUAGCGUCAUCUCAAAGUUCCAUCUCAGCACAGUCGAACCUCAGAAAACACAAACGCCAUGACUCAACAGCGUUUCUGCAAAAGUCAUAUUUGGACAAGAGCGCUUCGGCUUCGCUACCAGACGAUGCGCGCGAAAUUUUGAAAAGCCAGCCUGAUCGGGAAGACCUUGCUGCCGUUCUACAAUAUCUCCAGUACGGUAUUGAUGGAAGACACGACUUCAAUGUGCGAGUGCCUGGCCCUAAAGCCUCUCAGAUUGUGAACGUUUUGGUUACCAUCACCAUUCCAGACCAGUGGUUGAACUUACGCCAGCCUAGCCUUGGCAAAAGCGAUGCUCAACUCAAAAAGUCUCUUCUCAGCUGCCUCAAUUGUGUCGCAGGACUAGGCGCGCUGCUUAUGCAAAUCAGACGGGUGUUUUCAACGACACCAAGCCACAAGAGUCCCUUGCUCGAUGACUUAAUCUCGGUCCUAUCACUUAUACUCUCGGGUAGCAAAGUACUGCAAGGGUUCCUAUUGGAUGCAUUCAGCCUGUUUAAGACCGAAACGCAGCGUGGGGUUUUCUGGCAAGAGAUAACCUCUACUUUGGCUGGCAGCAGGGUCCUCACAACAAUGGCACACGUGCUUACAUCACUGCGGGAUUCUGAGGUCCAAUAUGAGACAUGUGCUUGGCUGGGUGACGGACAUCAGUACUCCAGGUGGCUUGCCAGGAAUAUCUCGACCGCUGCUAUCGACCUACACAAUUCCCACCGAUCAGACAGCCAACAUAUGAAUAUGCUCUGUCAGGUGUUGAAACGUGGUCUGAGUCUUGGGUUUCGCGAUUCCCUUAUCACUGAGCUUUACACCUCACUUCUCCUCGGCAAGCGCGCGUUAUGGACAACGAUGCACAACUUAGUGCAAGCACUGCCGGCGUACGACCAGACGGGCCUUUUCGACACCAUACUCCGUGAUCUCGGGCGCAGAUUCCUCCAAAGUGGCACUGGGACCAUACACUGCCGGCCCUCGUUGAUGAGCCACUCUUCUUCAAUCGGAGGAGUAGCAGCCAUGAUCAGGGGGCUAGUGCAGAGCAAUGUCAUCCUGGAAGUUCACGUCACACACUGGCUGACGAGCACAAACGGGGAAUACGCUGGUCUCGGCCUCGAGACCAGAAGAGCCAACCUGUGCUUACGUCUGCUCCCAACUGCAGCCAUCGCUCAAACGAUACUCCUCACUGUCGGCUACCUCACUCGUUUAGACCCUGAAAAGGUCAAGCAACUCUCCGCCUCCAGUGCCUUCCUACGUAUGGUUUCUACCCGUCUCUCCGCAUCCGUCCCCCGUGCAAGAUUCUUGGGCAUGAUAGUGGCUGUCGCGACAUCCAAACUCAUAGACAAGGCUGAAAAGGGCAUAAACUUUGGUGUCGAAGAGAUGGAAGGCGAAGAAGCCCAAUGGUGGCUGGGUCUUGUGCAUAUCCAAGACAAUAUUGGGAGCCUAGACGAGCUGCUGAAGACCGAAUUACCGCCUGAGAAGACGGACGGCUCCCCGAGAACGACUCAACACGCUCGCCAGAAACGCGCCCCAGUCGCCCCAGUCGCCCCACUGCCUCAAAGCUCCAAGAUCAUUGCAAUCGAAGAAAUAUCCGAUAAUGAAGUUACAGGCUCAGACGAAGACGACUCCAACCUGCGUCCUUACGCACGUCCGGAUAGCGACCCGUCUGACUCAGAUGACGAUCCAACCCUCAUCAACCGUAACAGACCUGCCGCCCCAGUCUAUAUCACAUCACUUAUCAAACAGCUAAAUGCCACGGAUGACCCGUCUACAGUGGAGCUUGCGCUCAAGACGGCUCCAACGUUGAUUCGUCGGAAAGCCGGUUUCGGCGAUGAAUUGUCUUCCAAUAUCCUUCAACUGGCAUCAACUCUUGUCAAUCUCCAGGAAGGCAUGUCAAAAGAGGAAAUGCAGCACCUAAGGCUCAAGGCUCUAAUUGCAGGCUUAGUCUCUAAGCCUGCAAUCAUGGCUCCUUGGGUUGCAGGCAUGUAUUUUGAAGGAGACCUUUCAAUUUCGCAACGCGCCUCGUUGUUGACAGCCAUAGGGCUAGGAGCACGGGAAUUGGCGGGGAUGGACGACGAGGUUGAGGAGCCUGCUGCUUCCGAGGAAGCGGGAGAGGCAUCAUUCCCUUCGAACAAACUCCCACCCCGUCUCGAGUCGACAUAUGCCACAUCAUCCGCCAUUGAUGCCCUCUCGUACACCCUCUCCUCUCGGACUCUGCAACCAAUGGCCCUUGCAGCUGCCGACAAGCUUACCGGUCCCAACAUAUUGAAGAUUCGAACCUUUUCAUCACGCAUGGUUGUGGCAGCGAAGGAAGCAGCAAAAGUCGAAGCCCGCUCAAAACGCAUCCCGAAAGACCUCCACAUAUUGCUCGCUGAAUGGAUGUACCUGCCUCUUUGCUCACGACUGACGCUCUUGGUCUCGUCACUUUCCAGCAGCCCGUAUCUCGCAAAUUCUACACUCUUGCAUCCCUCGCUGCUAAAACUGAACCUGCAGACCCUCAUCGUCCUCAUCUCGACAAUAGGCCCGAACGCGCUCCAGCUGCCAACACUGACGCGCGAGUCUCUCCUGCUCCUCACCGCGCUUCAUACAAUCCCUUCACUGGUGCACGACCCAAUCGUCCUCCCUCCGACCCUACAUCUUCUGUUGACGCUUCUGGACUUGAACGUUGAAGCCGGCGCAACGGCUGAAGAGCGCCUAGUUACAGAUUUCGGGUCCAUGCUGGCCGAGCUCGUCUCCUGGGCUGCGGGACUGGGAGAUCGCGUUUCAAUCACAGAAGUCGAUGCAGACCCGGGACUAGGGAUGGCAAUGCCGUGGCCAGUACUUGUUGCUGGUAUACAGGUUAAAUGGCAGGAAAUUGGCCGGAAGUUCCAAGGGAGAAUGCUGGGGUUGAUGGCUGGUACGAAUUUCGACACCUUUUAG